GCCUCAAGAAGAAGAUCAAAAACAGUUCAAUGAUACAUCUUCAUAUAAUCAGACUUCAUUUAAUCAGAAUGGUGGUACUGUGCAAACACCUUAUCAACCACCGCAGUAUUCAAAUCAAAUGUCAAAUAAUCAGAUUGUUAAUAAUACUGCUAAACAUUAUCAACCACAUCAAUUUUCAACCCCUCAUCAACCACAUCAAUUUUCAACCCCUUAUCAACCACAUCAAUUUUCAACCCCUUAUCAACCACCGCAGUUUUCGAACCCUUAUCAAUGA